UAUUUUCAUUUCUUUAGUUGUUAGGGUAUUGGGUAUCCUUUCACCCUCACUACUCUCGUUUUUGGAGCAUUUGAACUGAAUUCUCUCAUCUUCUCCCACAAAACGCAUCGUUGCUGCAUCCUUAUUAUCAUGUUGUUCAAUUCUCAGUUCUACAGAGCCCUUGUCCAUCUCAAGGCCCCUAAAUUUUACCCUCUUUUGUCAUUGCCGUUUUCUCUGAAACUGGGAUUCUGUACAAGCACUUCAGAAUCAGAGUCAGAAACAGAAUCACACUCUUUUACGGUUUCCUACCUCAUCAACAAUAUUGGGUUACCCCCAGAAACUGCUGUAAAAGCUUCCAAACGACUUCGUUUCAAGUCCUCAGAGAAACCCGAUUCAGUUCUCACCUUCUUCAGAGACCGUGGUUUUUCAGACUCGAACAUACGUGACAUUGUCAGAAGGGAACCGUGGCUGAUUUCGACGGAUCCCCACAAAACGAUUUUGCCAAAGUUUGAAUUUUUUCUCUCCAAAGGUGCUUCUGCCUCUGACAUUGCUCGCUUGUUGACAGCGAACCCUAGAAUCCUACAAAAAAGCUUGGAGAAACGUAUAAUCCCUGUCUAUGAAUUGGUAAAUAGAUUCUUGCAAUCUGACAAGAACACCAUUGCUUGCAUAAUUCGUAACUCGAUUUCCUUCUCUUAUACUCUGUCCAUAGAUAAUCUCAAAUUGUUGAUUGAUUGUGGAGUUUGUGAUUUAAGCAUUGCCAGAUUGCUUGUCACGCGGCCAUCUUUACUUGGCUCAAAUGACUUGCUAAAGACUGUGGAGGAAGUAAAGGGUUUGGGAUUUGACCCUUCAAAAUCAACUUUUGCUGUGGCUAUGACAGCAAAGAAAGCUGUUAGUAAAGCCAGGUGGGAUGAUAAAGUUGAUAUCUUGAAGAAGUGGGGGUGGUCUGAUGAAACUGUUCUUCAAGCAUUUAGGAGGCAGCCUAACUUGAUGUUGGUAUCCUGUGAUAAGAUUAAUUUAGUCAUGAGUUUUUGUGUCAAUCAGUUGGGUUGGGAUGCUUUGGCCCUUGUCAAAAAGCCAGGGUUUUUUGGAUAUAGUUUGGAGAAAAGGAUGGUUCCAAGGGCUUUGGUUCUCCAGAAUUUACUCGCUAAAGGCUUGAGAAAAAAGAAUGCCAGCUUGUUUACCCCAUUUACUAUUCCUGAAAAGUUGUUUCUUGAAAAGUAUGUGAAAUGUUUUAAGGAGGAAAAAUAUCAACUCUUAAAGUUAUACCAGGGAAAAAAAAGAGUAUUCAAGAAAACCGGGACGAUGGUGCAGUGUAGCAUCUAGCCUUUAUCAGAUGGUUAACUUAUGAGUACAAAUUUCGUGUAAUUCAACCUUGUUAUGCUUCUUGAUCCCAUUCAAAUACUUGUGUUAAUCCUGUCUAAAUUGCAACUGAUUUAACUGAAUUGUUUCAUUUUGCUGGGUUGGAACUCUUGUUGCACUCUUCAGAUGUCUAGCUGGGAAAUAUAGUGUGACAGAUUCUGGAUACAGCAUUGUAGUCUAGGUAGAACUAUUUAGUUUGUAGUUUGUUUGGUCGCAUGAGAUGGAUAAGUGAAGCUAAGAGGAUAUUAACUAAGGAUCGGUAGCUUACUUUCUACUUCAGUUUUGCAGUUCCUUCACCAGGUUUGAUCAAGAAAAAACUUAGCUGGUUUACUGUGUUUAUUCCUCUGAAAAAAGGUGCUUCGAGAAAAGCUUUUGACCUAUGAGGGAGAAGCUUCUAAGGAUUCAAGUUAUGUGAAGAUAGUUAUGUUCUUCUUUGCAGCAUAGUGAUCAUGUCAAUAAGAUAGGGCAAAUGUGAGAUCAGUUCUUUCAUUGGAGAAAGAUGAGGGGCAGAGAACCCAUCGCUUUCUGGGGGGGCCCGAGCCAUCAGUGAGAUACCACUCUGGAAGAGCUAGAAUUCUAACCUUGUGCCAGGACCUACGGGUCAAGGGACAGUCUCAGGUUUCCAAAAGCUUCUUGUACUUUUCAGGGGGGGUUAUAUAGAGGAUAAAAACAAAAAAAUUGGAAUUGUUGGUUUAUUCCCCCCCCCCCCCUCUCUUUUUUUUCUUGGACUUUAUUGUUUUAAUUGAGUUAUAAUAUCAGCGUUCAGAUGUGAGUAAUUGUUAAAUGAGUUAUAUUAAGUUAAAAAAUUGUUGUCAACAUGGGUUUAUUUCUAACUUGCUUUUCUGAAUUUAACAAUUUAUCUAAAUAUUGAUUGAAAGUGGUAAUGCAUUGCAUUGUUUUGGUUAUAAUAAAGGUACAGGCUAAGGUUGAGCCUUGGUGCCAUACCUCAUGAUUUGGUGGUGAACGGAUCAAGUCACAGAAACAACCUCUUCGCUCGUGGGGACAAGGUUUCAUACAUUUGACUCUCCAAAACCCCACAAUGCAUCACACCCAUCUUAAGCAUCGAGACCGAUGCAACUUGAGCUUGUAGCUCAUUGACAAUUUAGUGCAUUGUAUUAACAUAACUAUGCCAUUAUUUUUGCAUGCACUGCUUAAUCUGCUGUUUCAAUUUUGGAACUAAUUUCACUUGUCAACUUUUGGUAAACCUGUUAAAUGUGUAUAGUUCGUGAACACCUCCAAAUUUGCGUGGAAGCUCACAUGAGCUUGCAACAUAGGUGCAAAAUCUCUGGGUACCCAUCAAUCGAUGUUUGAAGAAGUUUCAUGCAGAUAAUUUUCAUUAGAUUGUUAAGCUAGGCCUGUAUGCUUGGGAUGCCAUAAGGGGAAGAAGCCUAAGGAACUUUUGGGCUUGUCAUCAAGAGCUCCUUUGUAUGGCAUAACAAUGGAGUGAUUUACUAGCUGUAACGAGAACGUUUGUAUAGUGAGGAUACUAUCUUCUGUGGAUUGGAUAUGAUAUAUAUAAGAUAUUAUCUUCUGAAGAUAUCGGUAGAAUUAGAUAAGAUUACCAAUUUUUUUAUUUUUUAAAAUAGAAUAGUUUGUAACGACCUUUGUAUUCCCACGUCUAUAUAGACGUAUUGA